GGCUCCGGGAGGGGUUUUUUUUGUGAGACAGGGGAUGUUUGGAUGUGGCAGGAGCCCAAAGGCGAGCCCGAAAUGGCCCUGCAGGGAUCUUGGCGGGUCCCACGUGGCGAUGGCCCGGGAGCGGCGGGGAGGGGGCGAUCUCGGCUCUGGGCAUCGCCGGCAGAGCCGGGGGGGAAGGCGGGAGCCCCGGAGCGGGGAGAGCGCCCAGGGCCGAUCCCGGAGCCGGGGCACCCCCGGCAGCCUGGAGGGCUGCGGGAGCUCGGUGAUGAGCGGGCUCCGGGCCCCCCGAGGCUGAAAGGGGCGCUGACUUCUCCAGCUGCCCUUGGCCAGCGGCACCAGCGAACCCAACGCGCUCAGCCCUUGUUUUCCUCCCCAAAGCAGCAUUUCCCAAACCUCGGCACCGAGGAGGAGGAGGAGGCCGUGAGGAAGAAGAGGAGGAUGGCCCUGGUGCUACAGGCAGAGCAGGAGCUGAACACGGACAGCAGCGAGGACGAAUCCCCGCGGCAGAACCUCGUGCAAGAGGCUGUUGGCAGCGGCUCCACGGCGCAGGAACGCAACGGGGAGGAAAAGCCCCGCAGAUCCCGCACCAGGAGGGGCUGCAAACGCACAGCCUGGGGAUCCCAGCAGGAAAGAGCCAGCCCGGGCCGGGGAGGCGGCCGCAGCUCGGAGCUGGGGCUCCAGGAGCAGCUUCAUGAUGGGGAGAAGCCCCACAAGUGCUCAGAAUGUGGGAAGAGAUUCAGGACGCGAUGGGAGCUGAUUCAACACCAGAGAAUCCACACUGGGGAACGGCCCUACGAGUGUGAGGAGUGUGGGAAGAGAUUCACGGUGAGCUCAAACUUGAAACAACACCAGAGGAGCCACACUGGGGAGAGGCCCUACGAGUGUGAUAAAUGCAAGAAGAGGUUUCAGACCAGCUCCAGUCUCCGCCUGCACUAUCGCACUCACACAGAGGAGAGGCCGUAUGAGUGCCCCGACUGCGGGAAGGGAUUCAAGCUAAAUGCACACCUCAUCAACCACCGGCUCAUCCACACCGGGGAGAGGCCCUAUGAGUGUGAUAAAUGCAGGAAGAGUUUUAUGAGAAGCACCGAUCUGCUCACACACUAUCGCUGUCACACAGGGGAACGUCCGUAUGAGUGUUGGCAGUGUGGGAAGGGAUUCACCCAGAAAUCAAACCUGACCAAACACCAGAAGAGCCACACUGGAGAGCAGCCCACCGAGUGUGAGGUAUGUGGGAAGAGCUUCAAAGACAGCUCACACCUGUACCAACACCAGAGAAUCCACACUGGGGAGAUGCCCUACGAGUGUGAUAAAUGCAGGAAAAGGUUUCUGACCAGCUCCAAUCUCCUCAAGCACUAUCGCACUCACCUUGAUGAGAGGCCUUAUGAGUGCCACGACUGCGGGAAGGGCUUUAAGAAAAACUCACAACUCAUCCAACACCAGCGCACCCAUACAGGGGAGAGGCCCUAUGAGUGUGAUAAAUGCAGGAAGAGUUUUCAGACCAGCUCCUGUCUCCUCAAGCACUAUCGCAUUCACACCAAUGAACGACCAUACCACUGCCCCUACUGCGGGAAGGGCUUCAAGCAAAACUCACACCUUGUCAGGCACCAACUCAUGCACACCGGGGAGAGGCCCUACGAAUGUGCUGAGUGUGGGAAGCGCUUCUCCUGUAGCUCUAAUUUGACCCAACACCAACGGAGGCUCCACUGAGGGAAGCCCUGCGAGUGUCCCGAGUACGGGAAGAGCUUCGUGCGCUGCUCCAGCUCCAUCCCCCAUGGCAGGAUCCGCGCUGGAUGAUCCCCAGUGAGCCCCGGUGGGCAGAGCCCCGCUGAGCCCUGGUGCCUCUGAUCCAUGUUGGGAACACACCUGGCUGGGGGCUCCACGUCCUCCUGCUCCCAUCGCCGUCCAGAUCCCAUUCCCAGUCCCAUGCUCCCUGUCCUUUUCCAUUUCUUGUACUCUUGAUCCCUCUCCCAUUCCCAUAUUUGAAUUUCUGUAUUUCCAGUCCCGUUCACAUAUUCCCUGUCCUAAUUCUGUUCUCAUAUUCCCAUUCCCCAUUCCAUUCCCAUCAUGUUAAUCUCCAUCCCAUGUUCUCUCUCCAAUUGCUAUUUCCGUAUUCCCUGUCCCAUAUUUCCAUUUCCAGGUCCUAUUUUCAUUCCUGUUCCCAUGUCUCUGUCCCCAUUCCCAGCCCCUGUCCCCAUUCCCAGCCCCUGUUCCCAACACCAUUCCCAGUUGUUGCAGUGCAUAACACAGAAGUCUCUCUCAGUCCCUACAAGAGAGAACUGAAUGCAAGAAUGAAAUCAAAAUCUUUGAAAAAAUUAAAUUGCAUUAACACACAUGCACAGGGAAUAGAGGUCUAGGUUGUAGUUUGAAGGAUUAGAAAUAUUAAGUUGCAUAGCUAUGAAGUAGAAGUAUAAACAUUAUUGUGACAUAUGUAGAAAUGUGUUUUAAAUGCCUAAAAAGUAAAAGCCAUAAAAUGUAAUACAAAAUACAAAAUUUGCAUUGAUAGCUCAAAAACACAGUUCAAGACAGAAUCAAAAUGUAGUAAGAAUAUUUCUUAUAUUCUUCAGAUAGACUAGAUAGGCCAUGUGCACAAGUUAGAUGUAGACUUGUAUUAGAGAAGCAGAAUUCUAAGAGGUUUAGGAGAAAAGCUUUGGGUUGGUGGUUUGGGCUCAUUGGGUAUUUUGUCAAUAAAAAUCCCUGUCUUGGA